AUGGAAACCAGCUAUCGCCUCAACAACAAAGUCUGUCGAGUCUGCCUCGAAGAAGGAAUUUUUACAUCAAUUUUCAGUGCUGAAUUUGCAGUCUCUCCAUUCAUAAUGCUACAAACACUCGACCUCAAAGUCUAUGAAAGUGAUCCGAAUCUUCCAAUUGGAAUCUGCAAUAACUGCUACUACAGGCUGUCUCUAGCUUACCAUUUCAAGCAACAAUGCGAAAACUCAGACCUUCGACUGAGACAAUAUUUUGGAAUCAGAAUAUUUGAUACAAAAAGAGAUGCAACAACAAAUACGGAUGUUUUUAAGGAUGUCCAUAAGGAGGAUGAUGAACUAAAGCAUAAAGUUAAGACAAAGAGACGAAGUCGAUACAAACCAAAGACAGAAUUGAAGAAAAGAGGACCGAAACCAACUCCAAAAGUUGUUCAUCAAUGUUAUCAGUGCAAUAAGACUUUUAAGUGCUUAGCUCAGCUGCAGAUGCAUUUGAGGACUCAUACGGGCGAAAAGCCAUUUCAAUGUGAUUACUGCAACAGAAGGUUCGCUCAGAAGCACAACUUGAUCAUUCAUGUCAGGAUUCAUACUGGAGACAAACCUUUUGUUUGUGAAAUCUGCUCAAAACAGUUCUCAGCACACGGCAACUUCAUAGCACAUAAGAAGAUCCAUUCUGGAGUUCGAGAUCAUGUCUGUCCUGUGUGCAAUAAGACGUUCAUCACAUCAUCUGACAUGUCAAGACAUUUAUCGACUCAUACUGGGUUGAAGAAUUUUAUUUGUGAUAUUUGUAAUAAGGCAUUUACCAGGAACCGCGACAUGGUCAUGCACAAGCGAAAAAUCCAUCUCAACGAGCGUGCAGCAGUUCCAAACAUCAAAUGUACAGAAUGCAGAAAAGUAUUUCCAACUGGCGAAAGCCUUCAAAUCCACGUAGCCAAAGAGCAUGUCCAUCUACCCCAACAAAUACAAAUUGGAGCACCAGAACUCCCGCCAAAUCUCGAACAGCAUUCAAUUCAUCACAAUCUUCCUGGUCCUCAUCAUCUUCAUCAUCCGCAUCAUCAUCAAGCACUUAUUCAAGCUCCUCUGCUGCCUCCACAUCCUGGAAUGAUGGUUGCAUCGUCAAGUGUUGGUUAUCAUCCACAUCAGCGACUGCAUCCUUAUUAA